CACCCCUAAGCCCUGCCAGCCGAGUCGCGGCCCCGGUGGCAUCGCGGCAACUUCUCUGUGGAAGCCCCGACGCGCGCCCGGCGCGCACGCGCGCUCCCACUCGGGCACGCGCGCUGCUGGCGCCCCGCUCCUCCGCGAGCCCGCGCGCCCUCCGUUUGUUUCUUCCUAUUGCAUUCGUCCUCACACUCUAAAUUAGGUCAGCGGGUGGAAGUUACACCUGGUACAGCCCCCGGCUCUGAUGCAAAAGCAGCUUUUUCACCCCGGCUUCGGGAAAGCAUUGCAACUGUGCCGUUCGGUCUAGCUUACCGCCCCCAUACCGUGCAGAAAGCGCUGGCGACCGUGGCGCUGACAAUGGUCUGCAGAGGGGAGCGGCGAGAAGGCUCUUUUCCACCCUAGUUCGGCCGGCUCUGCGCCUGCCCUCCCUCCAGGGACAGGGAGGAGGGGGUGCGACAGGUCGCCGCGCGCGCGCUGGGGCGCCCGCGUCCGGGGUCUGACCGCCUAGGGCUAUAUUCCCAAAGACUCAUGCAAAGUGGUUCAGCAUGUGAAAGACCUCACUAUUUGACUUCAGUCCUGCUACUUUUCAUUUAUAUUACACAUUGAGAAAGUCGUGAGAAGAAGCUGUCAGUCUCGGAGGGGAAAACUGCCAUGGUUCACAAAGACAAGAAGUAAUUUUCCUGUAAUCACAAGAUGACUCAGGCUAGCAGUGGUUCCAACAAGACAUUGCCAUUCCAGUAUGUUCUAUUGCCAGAGGGUUCCAACAAGAGGCCUUAUUUAAAAAGAAUGGAGAAGACUACAGUCACUCAGGGACCUGGACUGAUGCUUCUGUGAUUGCAGAGGAACUCGGAUGGAUUAUGAGGCCGCCCGGCUGGAGAAGCAGCAUGUGCACGAUGUGUAUGAGAGCACCGCCCCUUACUUCAGUGACCUGCAGAGCAAAGCCUGGCCUCGUGUCCGCCAGUUCCUCCAGGAGCAGAAGCCGGGCAGCCUCAUCGCCGACAUAGGUUGUGGGACUGGAAAGUAUCUUAAAGUGAACAGCCAGGUACAUACCCUGGGCUGUGACUACUGUGGGCCAUUGGUCGAGAUUGCCCGGAGUAGAGGAUGUGAAGUCAUGGUAUGUGACAACCUUAAUCUCCCCUUUAGGGACCAGGGCUUCGAUGCCAUCAUCUCCAUAGGAGUCAUCCACCAUUUUUCUACAAAACAAAGAAGAAUCAGAGCAAUAAAAGAAAUGGCCAGGGUCUUAGUUCCUGGAGGCCAGCUGAUGAUUUAUGUCUGGGCUAUGGAACAAAAGAACAGGCGCUUUGAGAAGCAAGAUGUGCUUGUUCCCUGGAACAGGGCUUUAUGCUCCCAGCUCUUCUCAGAAUCCAGCCAGCCUGGGAGAAAGAAGCAGUGUGGACAUCCGGAAAGAAGCCAUCCCUGUCGUCCUCCUUGCUCUGCGUGUAGCUGUUCUGGUUGUUUUAAAGAGCAAUGUGAUUCAAGACGGUCCCACAGCAUGGACUAUGAACCAGUGACGGCUGGAACCUGUUGUGCAAAGGUUUCUAGGGAAGGAGAGGAAGAAAAUGGAUUCUAUAACACGUUAGGAAAAUCUUUUCGUUCCUGGUUUUUCUCCAGAUCUUUGGAUGAAUCAACUCUGAGGAAGCAAAUUGAAAGAGUGAGACCCUUGAAAAGCACAGAAGGAUGGAGCAACAGCGCUGUGUCGGUCCAGCCUUCCAGGCGCUCUAGCUUAGACUUACAUCACCAAGAGCCAUUUUCAACAACAGAGCAAAAUUUAGAUGAAGAAGUGUUUGUGGAAAGUUCUCAGAAACGUUCGGAAGGGCUGAAAGCACCAGCCGCCAGGAAACACCUAAAUGGAGACCAUCACGGUGAAAUGAGGAGAAACGGAGAGGGGAAUUUUCCGGAGAGCACCAAUACAAAUGAGAAUUGGGCGCGUGCAGGUAACUUAGAAGAAGGUAACCCUUCUGCUAGGAAGAUAUUGAGAAGGAUUUCUGCAGUCGGUUCCACAGAUUCCAACCCAGAUGACGCAAUUUCUGUCGAAGAACAGCCCGACGUUUUGGAUUCCAGAGCCUUUAUGCGUUACUACCACGUGUUUCGAGAAGGUGAGCUCUAUGCCCUGCUGAAGGAGAAUGUGUCAGAGCUCCACAUUCUGAGCUCUGGGAACGACCAUGGCAACUGGUGUAUCAUUGCAGAGAAAAAGGAAAAUUGUGAUUGACCGGAACAUUUUAGACAACUCUUCUAAAAGGUGAACCACGUUCUUUUCACCAGGUUUGGUAUAGUUACCCGAAUUUGCAUCCAAUUUUAUUAUUUCUUAAUCCAUUUAUGCUUUGGUCUGUAGAGACUAUGAAUUGAUCAUCUUUUUAAUGUUUGGGUACACACAGACCAUGGCAUCUAAAGCAAUUGCCAAAGGGUAUUUGUGGUUAAAUGUCAAUAUAAGAGACCUGAAGAAGCAAUAUAAAACGAACUUGAAUAUAGUUUGGAUUUUUUUCCCCUGAAAGGUGAAAUUAUUAUAAAAAUAGAUGUAGAUUGUUUUUCAGUAUUAUACAUUGAUUUUAAAAGAUUCUGAUUUUAAGUAUUCCUUCUAAAAACAGAAUUUUUAUACAGUAAAGGGGCAAUUUCUGCUUCUUGGGUUAUAAUUUAGAUCUGUGUGCAAGAAUGACAGGUAAGCCUGUUUCAUUGCAUAGAUGUAAAUUGAACCAUAUGAUACAUUAUUUUGUUGCCAAGGCCUUGCUGUUACUUAAAAGCUGCAGAAGGUGAGAGACAGUGGAGAGAGACAAGAAAUGUUACACAGACUUUUCUAAAUGAUAAGCAAACUUGCUUCAAGAUAAGUAAAUAAUAAGGUUUCAGUGUUGCUCAGAAGGUUUUUAGAGGCACUGUUAGCAUGUAGAUGUGGGUUCUAGAAGUUACUGCAAGUACCCAGGUAUUUUUCUGACCUUAUUAGAAGCAUAAAUAUCAGUUAUGAUAAGACCAAGAUUGACUAAUGGGGAGUUUUCCUCUAGAAGGAUGCUUUUCUUAUGAAUUGAAGGGAUAUUUAGGAAAUGAGAAUCUGGCUGAAGCACUGUUUUAUUUUGGGUCUGAGGACAAAUAGAUUGUUAAGGUGCAAGAUAUUUAGCCUUGGCAAAGGAUUUGUUGUUGGAUUUUUAAAAAUAAUAUCCUGGGGGACCAGCCCGGUGGUGUAGUGGUUAAGUUCACACACUCCAC